UUUACGGCAGCCGUAAAGCAAUGGAGCAGAUGACAAUAAUGAUAGGAGAUAACUGAGCACUGUAACGCUACUCCACAAGAAUCUGCUCCCCCGCUGCCUCCCCGACGCGGUUGAAUCCCGAUCGAGUCGUAACGUUUCCAAACACGCCGAACUCUCCGUCGCCGUCACGUCCCGGUAAAGCGCCCCCCCCGUCCCCCACUCUGCGUCCCCGCGGCGAGGCGAGCGAAGCGACGGGAGAGCCAGUGGAAGAGGAAUCGCUUUUAGCCAGUCAUUGCCAUGGCCUCCGAAGGCGGCGAGAGCAACAUGGACCGAGAAAUGAUUCUGGCCGACUUUCAGGCUUGCACUGGAAUUGACAACAUUGCAGAGGCAAUCACCCUGUUAGAGCUUAAUAACUGGGAUUUAGUGGCAGCCAUCAAUGGAGUGAUACCACAGGAGAAUGGGAUUUUACAAAGCAACUUCCCCAGUGAGGCGAGCCAGGCCAGCGCGUUCGGCCCUCCCAGCCAAUCGGAAGCAGCCGAUGCGGCGGUGGCGGCGGGCGGCGCAGCUCCUCCCCCCGCCUCCUCCUCAUCCUCGUCCUCCUCUCCGGCAUCGUCCUCAGCGUCAGCGUUUUGCCCCGUCAACCCCUCCUCCCGACACAUUGUAGAGCGCCAGCCCCGGAUGCUCAACUUCCGGGUGGAGUACCGGCAGCGCACCAUCGAGCUGGUGCUGGAGGAAGGCAGCACAGUCGGAGAAAUCAAAACAAUCCUGGAGGCAGAUCUUGGGAUUCCAGUUUCCAAAAUGCAGCUGAAGGGAUGGAAGAGCGGAGAUGUGUCCGAUAGUACGGUGAUGAGAAGUUUACACUUGCCCAAGAACAACAGCCUGUACGUCCUGACUCCAGAAAUCGCCCCCACUGCCAGCACCAGCAAAAACAGUGAUCUCCAAGAUUCGUUAAAUCAGAACUUCCUGUUGGUCAUCAGCCACCGCGAGGCCCAGAGGGACUACAGUCUCAACUUCCCCGGCUCCAGAACCAUACAGGAGGUGAAGAGGAACAUUUCUGACCUCACCAACAUCCCGGUCCGACAUCAGCAGUGGGAUGGGUGGCCCGCGUCAGCGUCUGAUGACUCUAUGACGCUAGCUGUGUCUGGGAUCAGCUACCCUUGCCAUCACCUCAGUGUUUGCCGAAGGUCCUCACCAGCCAAUUCCCAGGAACCCACAGAAGAGUGCGCAGAUGUCCAUAUGGUCAGCGACAGUGAGGGGGAUGAUUUUGAGGAUGCGUCAGAGUUUGGCGUGGACGACUCUGAGAUGUUUGGAAUGGGUUCUUCUACCUGUCGGAAAUCACCGAUGAUGCCAGAGAAUAGUGAGAACGAAGCUGAUGCCUUACUGCACUUUACUGCCGAAUUUUCCUCAAGAUAUGGAGAAACCCACCCGAUGUUCUUCAUCGGGUCCUUGGAGGCGGCAUCUCAAGAGGCCUUCUAUGGCAAAGCCAGAGAUAGGAAGCUGCUGGCCAUCUACCUCCACAAUGAUGACAGCGUCCUCAGCAACGUCUUCUGCUCCCAGAUGAUGUGCGCGGACUCCAUUGUCGCCUACCUGAGCCAGAACUUCAUCACGUGGGCCUGGGAUGUCACUAAAGAAGCUAACAAAGCCAGACUACUCACCAUGUGCACGAGGCACUUUGGCAGUGUGGUGACACAGACCAUACGGACAUACAAGACAGACCAGUUCCCCCUGCUGCUGAUCGUCAUGGGCAAACGCACAUCCAACGAAGUUCUAAAUGUUAUUCAAGGUAAUUCGACAGUGGACGAGCUGAUGAUGAGGUUAAUGGGAGCAAUGGAAAUCUUCACAGCACAACAACAAGAGGACAUCAAAGAUGAGGACGAGCGCGAGGCCAGAGAAACGGUGAAGAGGGAACAGGACGAGGCCUACCGCGUGUCUCUAGAGGCCGACCGUAAAAAGAGAGAAGCACAAGAGAAAGAGGAGGCCGAGCAGGUCCGCCUGGAACGGAUGAGAAAGGAGCAGGAGGACGAGAAGGAGGCCAUCCGCCUGUCGUUGGAGCAGACCCUACCAGCGGAGCCGGACGAGGACUCAGCGGAGCAAAUCAGCAAACUGCGAGUCCGCACGCCAAGCGGCCAGUUCCUGGAAAGGCGCUUCCUCGGCAGCUGCAAGCUGCAGGUCCUCUUCGACUUUGUGGCCUCCAAGGGAUUCCCCUUCGAAGAGUUCAAGCUCCUCACCACCUUCCCUCGUAGAAAUAUCACGCAGUUGGACCCCGGGUCGACUCUGCUGGAGGCCAAGCUGUUCCCGCAGGAGACGCUCUUCCUGGAGGCCAAAGAAUAGGAAGCGGCCCUCCGACGGCUGAGAGGACCGACUGACUGAUGAACUGGCUGGACACACACUAGUCACCGAGCAUGGGCCCCACCAGUCCGGGCCUACACUACACACACACACACACACACA